CGAUUAACUUGCGUAAAUUCUUGUUUUACCGCACACUGGGUGCAGAUUGGAGCAGUUGUAAGCUGUUGUGACACAUUUGCUGCGAGCACAGCAGCCCAGCCCUCUGGCGCCACGUCUAGAGCUGCACCCAUCGAGCAGCACCUCAGUGUGCUACCUUGGAGACGCAACUUGUAGCGACGACGCCAUCGCAGCGCCAUAAAUAAUGGGUCGCCUCAUGCGCCGCCGCUCGACGACGACGACGGACGACGCGGCGCCAGCACCGGCACCGGCGCCGGAACCGGAGACGGCCGCGGAGAGGCGCUGCUGCCGUUUACGAGACGCGGCGCUGUCGCGCAACGUGCGCGUGCGCUUUUUAUUUGAUGAGAUCGCGAAGCUCGGCUGCGACGUCGGCUCGCCCUUUGGGUUUGUCAGGUGCGCCUCUGUAGAACGGAGCGGCCCGCUCGGCGACAAGAUGGUCGGCGGCUUCGCCGUCAACGACGGGUCGCAGAAGCGCUACGCGCCGGGCGUCGUCGUCGUCGCCGAGCACGCGCCGGACAAGGCGGUUUUUGAAAGGACGCUCGUGCACGAGCUCGUGCACGCGUACGACCAGUGCCGCGCGAAGGUCGACUGGAAGAGCGGCGCGCACCACGCUUGUGCCGAGAUUCGCGCGUCGUCGCUGUCCGGCGAGUGCGACCUCUCGCAGGAAAUUAAUAGAGGCGUCUUCGGCUUGAUGGCACAUCACGGCAAGUGCGUGCGGCGGCGCGCGGCGCUGUCGCUGGCGCUGGCGGGGCGCGCCGAGCCCGAGGCGACGGUCGACGCCGUCUUCGACCGCUGCUACGCCGACACGGCGCCCUUCGAGCGGCACCCGGACUUUGCCGGCUUGAGGCCGAGCGAGUCGUUUAAAGUUACUUAG